CCAGUGAACAAUGACGAUCGACAAGCAGCUGGUAUGGGUCCGGGACCCGAACGAGGGGUUCGUGCUCGCCCGCCUACACGAGCUGAUGGGCGAGGAGGCGGACGUGUUCCCGCUGGACAACAAGUACCCGCGCCGGGUCUGCAGCUUCGAGGACAUCUUCCCGGCGGGGGACCCGCACAAAGAUGUGGACGAUAACUGCGAGCUGAUGUUUCUGAACGAGGCCACGCUGCUGAACAACAUCCUAACACGAUACAAGAAGAACAAGAUUUAUACAUACGUGGCAAAUAUCCUUCUAGCCGUGAACCCGUACGAAGAUAUACCCGACAUGUAUUCUUCCACCACGAUCAAGAAAUACCAGGGCAGGUCCUUGGGAGAACUACCACCACAUGUCUUUGCCAUAGCCGACAAAGCGUUCCGUGACAUGAAGUCUUUCAAGCAGUCCCAGUCGAUUAUAGUAUCAGGGGAGUCUGGUGCCGGCAAGACUGAGUCCACUAAGUACAUACUGAAAUACCUGUGUGACCUUUGGGCUAAGGGCGCCGGGCCGGUGGAGCAAAAGAUUCUAGAUGCCAACCCGAUCCUCGAAGCGUUCGGUAACGCGAAAACCACUCGGAACAACAACAGUUCCCGAUUCGGCAAGUUCAUGGAGGUCCACUUCAGCAAUAAAUACCAAGUCGUGGGUGGUCACAUCUCGCACUACCUUCUGGAGAAGUCGCGUAUUUGUACGCAGAGCGCUGAGGAGAGGAACUACCAUGUGUUUUACUUGCUGUGCGCCGGCGCACCGCCAGAGCUGAGAUCAGCUUUGAAUAUCACUAAGCCGGAUGACUACCAGUACCUGAAGAAUGGAUGCACUCAAUACUUCACGACGGCAGCGUCGGAGAAGAAAAUCACCGCGAGCCAGAAGUCCAAGCAGCAGACCGCUAAGGGUGGCCUUCGGGACCCCAUACUGGAUGACGUCGAAGACUUCCAGAGACUGCACCAGGCACUAACCCGCGUCGGUCUAACAGAAGACGAAAAGAAGACUGUCUACUCGAUAGUAGCUGCCGUCCUCCAUCUUGGCAACAUUGAGUUCGAAGAGGACACAGGACCUAGGGGUGGAUGCGGGGUCUCGCCUGCUUCAGAAAAGGCUUUGGCCACUGCUGCCUCGUUACUGGGGGUAGAUGGAGGAGAAUUAAGGAUGGCUCUGGUGUCCAGACUUAUGCAGAGUUCCAGAGGAGGAAUCAAAGGAACUGCUAUCAUGGUGCCGCUAAAGACGUACGAAGCGAAUAACGCUCGUGACGCGCUCGCCAAAGCGGUAUACAGCCGUCUGUUUGACUACAUCGUGCAUCGCAUCAACACCAGUAUUCCCUUCCAGGCGUCUGCGUACUAUAUCGGUGUACUGGAUAUUGCUGGGUUUGAGUACUUCCAAAUGAACAGCUUCGAGCAGUUCUGUAUCAACUACUGCAACGAGAAGCUGCAGCAGUUCUUCAACGAGCGCAUCCUCAAGAACGAACAGGACCUCUACCGCCGCGAGGGUUUAAAUGUGCCAGAAAUUCGCUUUGUGGACAACCAGGACUGUAUUGAUUUGAUCGAAAGCAAGAACCACGGCGUUUUCCACUUGCUGGACGAAGAAUCGAAACUGCCGAAACCUGAGUUUGGACACUUCACUCACUCGGUUCACAAACAACUGGGAACCAACAAUAACAGGCUGCAACUUCCCCGCACAUCGCGCCUGAAGGCACACCGCAUUCUGCGUGACGACGAAGGCUUCCUGCUCAGACAUUUUGCCGGCGCCGUCUGCUAUACUACGAGUCAAUUCAUAGAGAAGAACAAUGACGCUCUCCACGCAUCGCUCGAGUUUCUGGUCCAAGAAUCCAGGAGUACGCUCAUCCAACAGCUGUUCCAAAACACUGACAACAACAACGCAAAGGGAAAACUGAACUUUAUAUCCGUGGGUGCUAAGUUCCAAAGUCAACUGGCGCUGCUUAUGGAUAAGCUCAAGGAAAAUGGCACAAACUUCGUCCGCUGCAUCAAACCCAACUCCCGUAUGGUGGGCCGCGAGACCGAAGGCUCGCUCAUCCUUACCCAGCUGCAAUGCAGCGGUACUACCGCCGUACUAGAGCUGAUGGAGCAUGGCUAUCCAUCUAGAGCACCCUUCAACGACCUACACGCUAUGUACAGUUCAUACUUGCCGCCGAAACUGAGGGGAUUGUCGCCGAAGUUGUUCUGUGAGGCCAUGAUCCACAGCUUCGGUCUCUCGGACAAGGACUUCAAGUUCGGCGUGACGCGCGUGUUCUUCCGGCCCGGCAAGUAUUCCGAGUUCGACGCCAUCAUGAAGUCCGACCCGGAGAACCUCAAGGCGGUCGUGGACUCGGUCCUGGCCUGGCUGGUCAAGUCGCGCUGGAGACGCUCCAUAUUCGCUGUGCUGUCUAUUGUUAAAUUGAAGAACAAGAUCCUCUACCGUCGCGAGUGCCUCAUCAAAGUCCAGAAGACGAUCCGUGGAUAUCUCGUGCGCAAACGCCACCAGCCAAGAUACAAGGCCAUCGCCAAGAUUACUGCUCUCCACCACAACUUGAAGCAAAUGGACACGGUGGUUGGACAGCUGAAGAAAGAGAAAGACAGCGCACAGAAGAAUAUCGAGAACUUGAGGAAUUCUAUCAAGAGCGCGUGUGCUACUAUCAAGGGCAACGAGAAAAUAACCCGAGCAGAAAUCGACCAACUCUACAGCAAAUUGACCAAAGACGUCGAGAUGCAGAUGACCUCGUUGCAGAAGGCCAUGGUUGACCAAAAGAACAGGGAAGAACAAGAAAGGCUGCGUAAGAUGGAAGCAGAGAUGCGAGCGGCGGAAGAGGCCAAACGGCUAGAGAUGGAACGCAUUCGGCAAGAAGAAGAAAACCGGAGGCUCAAAGCGGAGAUGGAGGCGCGGCGCAAAGCGGAGGAAGCGGAGAGACUUCGGCUGGAGGAGCAGGACCGCCUCGCCGCGCGAACGCUGCAGCAGCAGUUAGAAGAAGCUGCUAAAGCGGACCAGGAGAACAGGGAAAGGUUAGAACAAGAAAGAAGAGACCACGAAAUGGCUGUGCGACUUGCGAAGGAAACGAACGGACACGUCGAAGGAUCUCCGCCCCAGCUUAGAAGUUUCCCCACAAUGGACUCAGUGAACGGGGAGAAUAAGUUGAACAGAUCGGAACGCGUUCGCAUGCAGCAAGCCAUGCAGGGCAAGCAGAAGUAUGACCUGUCCAAGUGGAAGUACUCCGAACUACGCGACACCAUCAACACUUCGUGCGACAUCGAGCUACUGGAGGCGUGCCGGCACGAGUUCCACCGCCGCCUGAAGGUGUACCACGCGUGGAAGGCGAAGAACGCGCGCAAGACCACCAUGGCCGAGCAGGAGCGCGCGCCGCAGUCCAUCAUGGAUGCUGCCAAAACGCCCCGCAUGCCGCAAAAGGGCGAGAUACUAGGCGCGAGGCACCGCUACUUCCGCAUUCCCUUCGUUCGCACCACCAGCGACGCGGCCGACCGGCGCGGCUGGUGGUACGCGCACUUCGACGGCCAGUACGUGGCGCGGCAGAUGGAGCUACACCCGGACAAGACGCCCGUCCUGCUGCAGGCCGGCGUGGACGACAUGCAGAUGUGCGAACUCAGCCUGGAGGAGACGGGUCUGACGCGCAAGCGCGGCGCCGAGAUCCUCGAGCACGAGUUCGAGCGCGAGUGGGCGCGCCACGCCGGCGCGCCAUACGUGCCGCCCGACCUGCGCGCGCGCUAGAUACCCAAACAUUCCAAGCAACAACUUGCAGAAUACGCGCCAUCGAAACAAACGUAUACGUUCGCUGCCGACGAAUUUCGUCUCAAAAUUCCAUACAAAUAAGAUACAAAGUGCUUUGUUACGUGCCUUCGCGGGUUCCUACAUUAUGUUAGUGCAAUAUAUUUUAUUCGAGAAUGUUCCACCGUAAAAAACACGUAUAGUAGACAGAGGUAGCUAUAUAAAAAUAAUAUAUUUACAAAAGCAAAAAAAUAUGAUAUGUAAUAAGUAGAAUAAAUUAAAUUCACACGUGCCUACAUUUAUGUGAAAAAAGUCCUAAUGUAAUCAUUUAAAAUGCACAUUAAACGAGUACAUACAGUGUAGUUAAACUGUUUUAGUGAUAGAUGUAAUUUAAAUGAAAUGCUUUGUUUAAUUUUGUAAACUGUGAUUAUUUUGAGAGGUAUUCAGGUUAUAUUUAAGGUUUUUGUAGGAGAAAUAUAGUAUUUAUUCCAAGCAUUCCUUGUCAUUAUGUAAGACUGGAGAGCUGCUAUUUUUUGUAUUAUGUACAAUUUAACAAUCAGUAUUGUCCCGAAGUGCCUUAAACUUUGGAAUACAAAUUAACAUUCCGGGAAAAGACUUUACUUUUACAAAUUUUAAUAACAAAAAAAUAUUAUUUAUGGUUACUUGAUAAAGUACCAAUAGUAAAUUAUAGUACAAGUGAAAAAUACAUAUUAUGAAUUAAAUAGGUGCACUUAUCUGUAGAAAUAGUAAAUAAAAGUUCUUUUCGACCUACUUAUUUCUUAAGAAUGAAAUCACCUAAAUGUUAAUCAGUUCAAGCUACUUACAUUUAAUUAUGUAAAUACCCUAUAUCCCAUAUCUCACAGUUUGAGACAUAUUGUAUUAAAAGUGCCUUAUAGUUUGAUGCAGUUAGUACGUGACCUCUGUAUUUGUGUAUUUUUAUGCUUUACCAAAUAAAAAUAAUAACUUGAAA